UGUACCAACUUCAGUACUACAUGAAACUUGGCCUUCGGUUGGUUCCACCUUCUUUAUUCAUAAACAUCUUUGACUCUGGUAUAUACAUUUUCAGUUUCCUUUUGAAAAAUGUAUAAGGUUCUUUUUCGCAUGUUAACAGUUUGUUGAGUCGAAUUGUUGUGCAUGAAACAUGUUAAAAGUUAUUAAAAUAAGUAAUUUUGAAAGAUUUUUAAUUACAAAAGAUAGAGCAAAUGGAAUUACAGAACUGAUAAACCUCCCGCAUUAAUUCAGCAGGUAGUACCAGCAGAUUGUGUUAUCCUUCACGAUGUGCAGACUUUAACGACUUGCAAUGAAUUCGCGGUACCGUCAUGAAGGCGAAGACUUACGUAAUUCAAAAACAAUUAUUCCUUUACUUCGAAAGAGAAUAGAAGAAGGUUGUCAUUUUGUAUUCAAUCAAUAUGUACACACAUGUACGUAGACAAGUUUUUCGCUUAGUGUGUAGUUUAUAAACAGAACUGGUUGCUUUGUUCUCCAUUAAGGCCGCCAUGUCGGUAGUUUUCAUAUUCAUAGUGAUGCUUUCCAGACUUCUCGUCACUGCUGGGAAUGACACGGUUGUAGAAAGAUCUGCUCAAGUGCGCAAGAUUUCCCAAGAACAACGUCUUGUGGCCGAUUUGUUUCAAAACUACAGCUCCAUUAUCAGGCCCGUGAUGAAUCAAAAUGAAACCCUCAUCGUCACGUGUGACGCAGCCCUACAGACGAUCGCGGAUUUUAACCAGAAAAAGCAGUAUAUCCAGACAAAUAUGUGGCUUCGAUUGAAAUGGAAAGACUUCAACCUCCAGUGGAAUCCAGACGAUUACGGGGGUGUAUCGAGCAUCACGGUUCCCUUGGACUUGAUUUGGAGGCCGGACCUUCACCUCCAUCGCAAUCGCAACAAAGACACCAGCGGCAUCUCUAGUAUCUCUCCUCGGCUGACAAGCAGCGGAGUUGUCUACUGGAACACGCCAGCUAACAUUAUGAGCCCCUGCCGGUAUGACGCCUCUUACUUCCCCUUCGACGAACAGCACUGUCAGCUUACUUUUAGCUCCUGGUCUUACAACUACGAUGCCGUGCACCUCCGGGUGUCCAACUCUAUCGCUGACAUUUCCAAUUACCAGGACAACGGGAUAUGGGACCUACUGGGGAUGCUGCAGGUCGUAAAUACGACCUACUACACGUGCUGUCCGAAACCUUUCAGUGUAUACAUCGUCACCAUAGUCGUGAGGCAUAGGCCCUUGUUCUACCUCUCUAAUCUGCUCAUACCUUGCUGCCUGAUCGUGGCCAUUACGAUGUGCAGCUUCUUGCUGGCGGUGGAUUCGGGAGAGAAGAUCAGCCUUGUGGUGACCAACCUGCUGUCCCUGGUCGUCUUCAUGAAUAAUCUCUCCAAGGCAAUACCAAAUUCAUCGGACGGCAUCCCGCUCAUGAUUCAGUACAUCGCAGUUACUAUAGCCAUCGUGACCAUAUCCAUGCUGGCGACAGUCUGUGUUCUACGAAUCCACUACAGACCAAGUUUGGCAAAACCGGUGCCUGCGUGGUUGAAAAAGGUUGCGUUCGUUUACCUGCCACCAAUCCUCAUCCUUCGGGUACCUGCUUAUAAGAUGACACCAGCGACUCCAGCGAUAGGGGAGCCUCUUCGUGAAAUGCCCUCUUCUUCCGACGCGGGAUCCGAUGGUGGAACCACCCUGGCCAACUUUGUUUCCAUCAACCGCAGGCUCAGGUGUCUCACUGCACGGUGCAAGAGGCAGGACGCGGCCAGGGAGAUUGUGGCGGAGUGGAAGCAAGUUGCAAGGGUCAUCGACCGUAUGCUCUUCGUGGUCUUUCUGGUGGUUACCGUCAGUUUGACCAUGGGGAUCCUGAUGCAGUCCAAACCGCAGACGUCACCGGAGCAAAUUGAGAUCUGGCAGCAGCCCAGGGAUUAAGAGCUCUGUCCGACCAGUGGCUUCCGAGGGCCUGAAAACACACACAUUUAGCAGAGUUGAACUUGUAGUCAAGUCCACCACAAGUUGUUCACAAGUCGAUUGCAAGCCACUCACAAAUUAGGCCGUAACAACUAACAGGGGAUAAGCACUAAAAGAGGAUUGCCUUUAUUACAGUUCAACCGAAUAGCUUGUCACUUGACUUCCGGCUAGAUGACAUGUGAUUGUCUUAACAACAACCCCACUCUACUUUAAAGUGGCCGAUCAUAUAAAGCUUCAUUCUAAAACGACAUGUUAUCACUAGAACAUGUUAGUCCAUGUAUAUAUCAACGCAUUGUGUAAAACAUAGAAGUAGCCAGAAUGAUGAAAAUGUACUCUGUUUAUUAUGCAGCAAUUAAUGUCCAGAAGACUUAUAACCUUUCAACGUAGCAAUUUUUAUUUACACUGCGCA